AAUCUGAACUUAAUUUUCAAUAAUUUUGAUUUAGGUUGCAUGGAUGCAUUUUGAACAAUCUGCAAUAUUAACGGUGCAUAAUCAUGUGAUUACGCGCAAUCCACGCAUCAGCGUAACACACGACAAACAUGAUCGACAUCGGACUUGGUAUUUACAUAUAAGCAAUGUACAUGAAGAGGACAAAGGACGUUAUAUGUGUCAGAUAAACACAGUAACCGCUAAGACACAAUUUGGAUAUCUAAAUGUGGUCGUACCACCCAACAUCGAUGAUUCACUCAGUUCCAGUGAUGUUAUUGUACGUGAAGGUACUAAUAUAUCCUUGCGUUGCCGAGCCAGUGGUAGUCCACGACCAAUUAUUAAAUGGAAGCGAGAUGACAAUUCAAGAAUCACAAUCAAUAAAAACCAUAUAGUGAACGAAUGGGAAGGUGAUACUCUGGAGAUUACAAGAAUAUCUCGGCUUGACAUGGGCGCCUACCUCUGUAUAGCAUCGAACGGAGUACCUCCAACAGUGUCCAAGCGUAUUAAGGUCAGCGUAGACUUCCCUCCCAUGCUUUUGAUACCCCAUCAAUUGGUUGGAGCUCCUGAAGGUUUCAACGUAACAAUUGAAUGUUUCACGGAAGCACAUCCAACUUCGUUAAAUUACUGGACUCGUGGAGAAGGCCCCAUUAUACACGACUCUUAUAAAUACAAGGUGGAAUCUAGUGUUGGUGUUCCAGUUUAUAAAACUCAUAUGAAAUUAACCAUUAUAAACGUUAGCAGUGGCGAUGAUGGCAUUUACAAAUGUGUGGCCAAAAACCCACGUGGAGAAACCGAUGGUGUCAUUCGGCUGUACGUUUCAUAUCCACCAACCACAUCACCUCCUGGACCUUUUUCUACUGAAAUUCGUUGGGAUGUAUUUUUCGGGCACGGUAGUGAGACAUCACGAUCAAGUUAUGGCAGUUAUGGUCAGGACAAAAGUACACGUUUUCUAUCCAAUCUAAAUGAAAUCGGCUUAUCAGAACGAAAAUCAUUUGCUGAUAAAACGAAGGGCGGCCCAGGAGCAAGUAGCACCGAUGCAGCCCACGAUGACAAGGUUCGUCUAAAUGGUGAAGCACUCUCAAAAGUAUUGGCCAAUAAACUAAUGUGGAUUGCUAUUCUUAUAGUAUUAAGGCUAUGUUUAUGAGGACAUAACAUCACCAGCUCCAAUGGUCAAUACCGAAGCAUGAGUUUAUUAAACAUAUACCAUAUAUCUACAUUCAUAUAUCAUAUAAGCAUCUAAAAUAUGUAAUGUAUGUAACGCUUUCGUAGCACAUAUUACUCUCCAAAUGCCUUCAUGCUCGUUCUCUUAAAUCAUACUUCGCGAUCGCAUGACCAUAUAAAUAUAUAUAUACAUAUAUGUAUAUCAAUAUAUACAAUAUAGAUACGAAUAUAUAAGUUAAAUAAUGUUGUAAAUUAUGACCCUUAUACAGAUAUUUUUAAUAAAUAAUCAAAUGCUAGAACCACAGGUAAACUAAU